AUGUUAGAAAUUCCUUUUAAGAAUCUCACUUAUUUUGAAAAUGAAUUCAAAAAUGCUUUAAAAGAAAUUUAAUCUUCAAAUACAACUCUCGAAACAUAAGCUGAUAUUAAAAAUACAUUAAAUUCUGUAUUCAUUUAAGGUUCAACUUUUGAACUUAUUUAAAAGGGUGUUAAACCAAAAAUCUUUGCUUAAUUCCAGUAGAAAUAAGUUGAUUAAAUUAUUUACAAAAGGUUCUUGAAUCUACAAUAGCCUUAUGAGUUAAAUAGUGACUUAAUUUAUUAUGGUUAAUAUUAUAAUGAGAAAGCUCAUGGUUUUGGUAAACUAGUUUCUAAAAAAUCCUCUAUUUUAUUUGAAGGUCAUUUUGUCUUUGGGCAGAUCCAUGGUUAUGGAAGAUUAAUUUUAAGUAGAGGAGAUAUUUUUGAAGGAAAAUGGUUUUUUAAUAAAAUUUUAUAUGGAACAUAUUAUAACGAGUUUUUAAAACCUAUAAUUUCAAUCAAAGAACAUUAUUUAGAUUUUCCUUAAGUUAGGACUCAAUAGAACUAUAAUGGAAAUCUUAUCAAUAACCGAAGAGAAGGGUUUGGAAGAUAUUAAUGGGACGACGGAACUUAUUAUAUAGGAGAUUUUGUUGAUAAUGAAAUGAGUGGAUUUGGUAAAAUGAUAUAUAAGGAUGGAAGAAAAUAUUUUGGAUAUUGGAAGAAUAGUUAGAUGGAUGGUUAUGGAUAAUUCGAAUGGCCUAAUGGGUAGACUUAUAUUGGUUCUUAUAGUAAAGAUAAAAAAAAUGGAUUUGGUAUGAUGAUAUUAAAUGGAAGAGUCUAAAUCAGAAAAUUUGAAAAUGGUAAACUUAUUUCAAAAAACAAAGUUAAUGACAAUUCCUAUUGA